GACUCAAAAUGCUAAUUUCAAAGGUCGAAUGAAGCUGUGGCUCACGUUUUCAUGUGCCUGAGCUCUCAGCAAGCAGAAGAACAAAGACCCAGCUCGAGAAGGCAGAGGCAGAAAUCCAUCUCAAAUCUUUUUUCCUGAGAUAAUUUUGGAAUCAUGCCUGAAAUGCCGGAGAAUAUGGAACAGGAGGAAGUUAACAUCCCCAGCAGGCGGGUUCUGAUCACUGGUGCCACUGGGCUUCUUGGCAGAGCUGUGUACAAAGAGUUUCAGCAGAAUAAUUGGCAUGCUGUUGGCUGUGGUUUUAGAAGAGCAAGACCAAAAUUUGAACAGGUUAAUCUCUUGGAUUCGAAUGCAGUUCAUCACAUUAUUUAUGAUUUUCAGCCCCAUGUCAUCGUACAUUGUGCAGCAGAGAGAAGGCCAGAUGUUGUAGAAAAUCAGCCAGAUGCUGCUUCUCAACUUAAUGUGGAUGCUUCUGGGAAUUUAGCAAAGGAAGCAGCUGCAAUUGGAGCAUUUCUAAUCUACAUUAGCACUGAUUAUGUCUUUGAUGGAAAAAACCCACCUUACCGAGAGGAAGACAUGCCAAGUCCCCUAAAUCUAUAUGGCAAAACAAAAUUAGAAGGAGAAAAGGCCGUCCUGGAGAACAAUCUAGGAGCUGCUGUUUUGAGAAUUCCUGUUCUGUAUGGAGAAGUUGAAAAGCUUGAGGAGAGUGCCGUGACUGUUAUGUUUGAUAAGGUGCAGUUUAGCAACAAGUCUGCGAACAUGGACCACUGGCAGCAGCGGUUCCCCACACAUGUCAAAGAUGUGGCCACAGUGUGUCGUCAGUUAGCAGAGAAGAGAAUGCUGGAUCCAUCAAUUAAGGGAACCUUUCACUGGUCUGGCAACGAACAGAUGACCAAGUAUGAAAUGGCGUGUGCAAUUGCAGAUGCCUUCAACCUCCCUAGCAGUCACUUAAGACCCAUAACUGACAGUCCUGUCUUGGGAGCUCAGCGUCCAAGAAAUGCUCAGCUUGACUGUUCCAAAUUGGAGACCCUGGGCAUUGGCCAGCGAACACCAUUUCGAAUUGGCAUCAAAGAAUCACUCUGGCCUUUCCUCAUUGACAAGAGAUGGAGACAAACAGUUUUUCAUUAGUGUAUGUGUGUUGCUGUCUUUUUUUUUUUUUUUUUAAAUGAGAAGUUAAGUAUGUGGCACUUUUUAAAAAAAAAAGGAAAUAGUUUUGUAUGAGUGCUCUUUAAUUGUGACUCAUGAUCUUUCAGGUAAAUGAUGCUCUUGCACUAGUGAAAUUGUCUAAGAAAACUAUGGGCAAUAAAUGCCUUGUUUGAAGUAAUGAUUUUUCUGUCCAUUUUGUUCUGGCUUACCUUGCUCUUUGAAUAUAGUAAAUUAUGAUUCUUAAAUAUUUGAAAGCCAGGAUGAAACAGAUCUGCUGUAGUCUUUUUUUUUUUGGAUGAAAUGCAUUGUUCAUUCCUAUAAGUAACCUCUACACUUUCAGGACUUUUGCAACUGUUGAUCCUUUUAUGUUUUAAAGUGCGUUAAACGGUAUAAAAAUCAUUGGUGUUCAUUAUUUGCUUUGCUUGAGCUCAGAUCAAAAUGUUUGAAGAAAGAUACUUUAUUUUUGCAACUUAAGUGCAGUUUUUAUGCUUGAGAUAUUUCAGCGUAUGUAUAUUGGAACUCCUGCAGCUUGAUGCCUCCUGCUUUUUGUAGCAGUGUAUGGUGAGCAAUUGAGAGAGAGUGUGUAUGUGUAUGUAUUUUUUUAAUAUAUGUAAAACUGUCCUUUUCACUCCAUGUCACUAAGUGGUAUUUCAUAUGUGCAGUUAUAGUAAUGGGCCUUGUAAGUCUUUUGACCAUUCAUAAAUAAUAAUAAAUAUAUAUUGCUGGCA